AUGGCGACCGCAGCCUCCAACCACUACAGCCUGCUCGCCUCCGGCUCCCCCAUGGUGCACGCCGAGCCGCCCGGCGGCAUGCAGCCCGGCGGCGGCUACCGCGACGCCGGCGCCCUGGUGCAGGCGGACUACGCGCUGCAGAGCAACGGGCACCCGCUGAGCCACGCUCACCAGUGGAUCGCGGCGCUGUCCCACGGCGGCCCCGGCGGCGGAGGCGGUGGAGGUGGCGGCGGCGGGGGCGGUGGCGGAGGCGGCGGCGAGGCGCCCUGGUCGGCGGGCGCGCUGGGCCAGCCCGACAUCAAGCCGGCGGUGGUGCAGGCGGGCGGGCGCGGUGACGAGCUGCCGCCGCCGCCGCAGCACCCGCCGCCGGGGCGGGCGCCGCACCUGGUGCACCACGGCGGCGGCGGCGGGCACCACGCGGCGGCGGCAGCGGCGGCGGCAGCGGCAGCGGCGUGGCGGGCGGGCGGCGCGGCGCACCUGCCGCCCGGCAUGGCCGCGGCCAACGGCGCGCAGGCUGGGCUGCUCUACUCGCAGCCGCCCGGUUUCACCGUCAACGGCAUGCUGGGCGCCGGGCAGCCGGCGCUGCACCACCACGGCCUCCGCGACGCUCACGAAGAGCCGCCGCCGGGGCCGCCCGGGCCACCGCACCACGGCCCCGAUCACCCGCCACCGCCCCACGGUCCCCACCCCGGGGCGGGCGGGCCGGCUCCCGCUUCCGCCACCUCCGCCGCUCCCCCCGGGCCACCGCCGCACCACGACCCGCACUCGGACGAGGACACGCCGACCUCGGACGACCUGGAGCAGUUCGCCAAGCAGUUCAAGCAGCGGCGCAUCAAACUGGGAUUUACCCAAGCGGACGUGGGGCUGGCUCUGGGCACCCUCUACGGCAACGUCUUCUCGCAGACCACCAUCUGCCGCUUCGAGGCCCUGCAGCUCAGCUUCAAGAACAUGUGCAAGCUGAAGCCUUUGUUGAACAAGUGGUUGGAGGAGGCGGACUCCUCCUCGGGCAGCCCCACCAGCAUAGACAAGAUCGCGGCGCAGGGCCGCAAGCGGAAAAAGCGCACCUCCAUCGAGGUGAGCGUCAAGGGCGCGCUGGAGAGCCACUUCCUCAAGUGCCCCAAGCCCUCCGCCCAGGAGAUCACCUCGCUUGCGGACAGCCUACAGCUGGAGAAGGAGGUGGUGAGAGUGUGGUUUUGUAACAGGAGACAGAAAGAGAAGCGCAUGACUCCCCCGGGAGGGACGCUGCCGGGCGCCGAGGACGUGUACGGGGCCAGCAGGGACACGCCGCCGCACCACGGGGUGCAGACCCCCGUGCAGUGA